UACCUUGUCACCAUCAAUUACUGAUUUGACUGCGCUAUGCCGCCGUUCCCAGGUGAAGACCGUUUACUGACGCUCUUCGCCGACGUCCACUACUAUUUCACAAACCCUACGCCCAAUCCCGCUUAUCACCGAUUCGAUAAAGGAUCGUAUCUGUAUGUAUACCAUGAUGUUGCGCGGGGUAGCGCCAGAUUAGAGGUUGCGAAUAACCCAGGCACAAACGAUCAAGAUGCUUUUCAAGGAGCUCUCGAUCAUAUUCACAUGGUACAUUCGACCAGAUUUCCGACAUUAGUUACUGUGACCGUCGGUUCGCAAGUUGAGAACUCUCCAGUUUCGGCCCAUAGUCCUGUUGGAAUCCAGGACUCAUGGCUCCUACCAUUUACAGACCCCAGAGAUCAGCGUAAACACAAUUUCCGUUUACAUACCUUGGAUAUAUAUUUCUGGACUGUCGAGGAUGCGGAUCAGUUCCUGGACGCUGUUGCACGGAUUCUCCCCCCUCAGCAACUAGAAAGUGAUCGCCAGGUUCAACAACCUCAAACCGUUUCAGAGCCUGCGGUAAGCCGGGUGGUAGAACAAUUGGAAAAUGUCGCGAUUACGGACCCCGCGUAUCAGAAUGGACAAACGAGAGACUCUCGCUCCGAACCGCAGCCGACUAGCAAAGAGCAGCCGCCGGCCAAGGCAGAAACAACAGACUACACCCCUCUGGCGUAUAAUCCAGCUGCUCCUGCGGCUCCAGAACCGAUCAAACAUAGAGAAAAGACUCCUCCGCCUGAAGAUGCCGGAGAAGGAACCGGUCUUGUUGCAGCUGCUGUAGCAGAUGAAACUCAACAUUACCCUCCUGCACAAGGCUUGAGCAACUUUUCACACCCGCAAGCGUACACAAAUCUUACUCUUGCACGAUACGGAUAUAGCUCCCCACCUCCCAGCGCUGGAUUGUCGAUGUCACAAGGCAUCACGGGACCACCAAGCUACAGCGCGACAACUUUGGCCGGUCCACCGCCCACCCAAGCAGGCGGCAUGACAUUUGCACCACCACCCCAAAAUCCGAAUGCUCAUCUCUUCUCACAAAACUCCUUCGACUCGCAACCCCACCACGCCCCCCAUCCUCAAUACGCAGAUUACCUCCAACAAUCCCACAACGGCAACAACAAUCAUAGCCCAUCCACCCCCGAAGAUGAACGCGUUAUCUUAAACGGAGGCUACUCAAAUUACUCCUAUGCACAACCUGUGCAACAUCAAUACGGUCAACUAAACACCGAAUACGAUAUUCACAACCAGAUCUAUAUCCCCACAGAAGCCGAACUGAAGGGCUCGAAACAUGGUAAAGCUGGUUCUCAAAGCUCAAAGUCGUCGUCGAGGGGUACUAAGAUUGAGGCUGGACUGGGGAGGAUGGAUAGUAAGGUCAAUGGGUUUUUGAAGAAGAUUGAGAAGAGAAUUGGCUAGUCCUUUCUCUAUAUGUGUGCAACAUUUGUGUAUGGGAUCAUAUGUAAUGGCCGUCUAGCAUGUUCUUAUUUAUGCGUCGUGUUGUGUUUUCGUAAGCAUUGUCAUGUGUCUUUUUUCUUUACUUGAAAUUGUAUCCAAAUAUCAUAUAUCGUUCAUUUUCUUGAUGGAAAGCGUUUUUUUCAUCUAUUUUCAGAAGGACAAUAGUAUCCUAUCCCCAUCCAAAGUGCACAUGCAAAUAGAAACCAAAAGAGGAGAAGAUCUUUAUAAGAUUCAUAUUAUACAUAUUAGUUUUUCAUAGUGGAUUGAAACCUGCAACCACACCAUCUAUGUACGUCUAUUUUGGGAUACCAGAACCUUCGACUGGACCCAUUAGUAGACAGGUCCAUCCCCUCUUUUUCGAUUAGAUUAGUGGGGAUAUAUUGCUUUUGCUUUUCGGUUCUAUUCAGGCCGUCGGCAUCGAUUCCAUACGAUCAUCUUCUUCGUGCAACGUAUUUCAAUAAUCCAUGUAUCCCAGACUGUCGUGGAUGAUUCCACAUAAUCGUCCCUCCGAGCGCAAGACCAGCGACAACAGUCGCAAAAACCGCCGUACCAAGACUGGCAGUCAAGAGAAGACGCUGUCUCUCAACGGCUUUCAUAAUCUCCGAGUAUCGCAUAUUACUAAAACUGACUCGCGAGUAUUGUGUUCGCCAGCCUAGUUCCGGCAUAUAGCGGUCCAGGUUCUCUUCGAUGAAUUUGCGGAUCUUGUACCAGCGGGAGUUAACGCCGGCACGCAUUUCGAUGAAGUUGCCUUUGGAUAAGUCGUUGAUGGCGUAUGCGUCUGCUACUCGUGUUUUGGUGUAUGCCUCAAAGGCCGCGUUUCGCGCCUUGUCUCUGGAGAUGGUAUCGAGUGACGGGUCGUAUACGCCGUGCGAGUCAAGAAUCUCGAAAAGCACCCUGACAUCUUCCAUUCCGGCAUUCAGUCCCUGUCCGUAGAAUGGAAGUACAGCAUGUGCUGCAUCACCAAUGAUGACGACGCUGGCAUCAUAGUGGUGAGGCUUGCAUUUAAUACUGAUAAGUGGAAGAUGUUGAUUAUGAGUAAAUUGUCGAUAUAGCUCUUCAGGUGAGAUCAGCUCUGGGGACACUCCUGG